GCAGCCGAGUCGCAGCAGCCCGGGCCGCGCCGCCGCCGCCGAGCGCCGCCAUGAGGAGGAGUGAGGUGCUGGCAGAGGAGUCCAUAGUGUGCCUCCAGAAAGCCCUGACGCACCUGCGGGAAAUAUGGGAACUAAUUGGGAUCCCCGAAGACCAGCGGCUGCAGAGAACCGAGGUUGUGAAGAAGCACAUCAAGGACCUCCUGGAUAUGAUGAUUGCUGAAGAGGAGAGCCUGAAGGAGAGGCUCAUCAAGAGCAUCUCUGUUUGUCAGAAAGAGCUGAGCACCCUGUGCACCGAGUUACACGUGGAGCCCUUUCAGGAAGAAGGGGAGACGACCAUCUUGCAGCUGGAGAAGGAUUUGCGCACUCAGGUAGAACUGAUGCGAAAACAGAAAAAGGAGAGAAAACAAGAACUGAAACUGCUUCAAGAGCAAGAUCAAGAACUAUGUGAGAUUCUUUGCAUGCCCCAGUACGACAUCGACAGCACCUUGGUGCCCAGCUUAGAAGAGCUGAGCCGGUUCAGACAGCACUUGAAAGCCCUGCGGGAAACCAAGGCUUCUCGGCGUGAGGAGUUUGUCAGCAUAAAGAAGCAAAUCAUACUGUGUAUGGAAGAAUUAGAUCACACCCCAGACACGAGCUUUGAACGGGAUGUCGUGUGUGAGGAUGAAGAUGCUUUUUGUUUAUCUUUGGAGAACAUUGCAACGCUACAGAAGUUGCUGCGGCAGCUGGAAAUGCGAAAAUCACAGAAUGAAGUGAUGUGUGAGGGGCUGCGUGCUCAGAUCCGAGAGCUCUGGGACAGGCUGCAGAUACCCACAGAAGAGAGAGAGGCCAUGGGUAACAUUAUGACUGGUUCAAAGGCCAAGGUCAGGAAAGCGCUGCAAUUGGAAGUGGGUCGGCUGGAAGAACUGAAGAUGCAAAACAUGAAGAAAGUGAUUGAGGCAAUUCGAGUGGAGCUGGCUCAGUACUGGGACCGGUGUUUCUACAGCCAGGAGCAGAGAGAAGCUUUCGCUCCCUAUCAUGAUGAGGACUACACUGAAAGUCUCCUCCAGCUCCACGAUGCCGAGAUCGUGCAGUUGAGAAACUACUACGAGGUGCACAGAGAGCUCUUUGAAGGCGUCCAGAAGUGGGAAGAAAGCUGGAGGCUCUUCCUAGAGUUUGAGAGAAAAGCAUCAGAUCCUAGUAGAUUUACAAACCGUGGAGGAAAUCUCCUGAAGGAAGAAAAGCAACGGGCGAAGCUCCAAAAAACACUGCCUAAGCUGGAGGAGGAGCUGAAGGCACAGAUUGAGAAGUGGGAACAGGAGCAUUCGAAGGCGUUUGUGGUGAAUGGGCAGAAGUUCAUGGAGUACGUGACGGAGCAGUGGGAGCUGCAUCGGCUGGAGAAAGAACGAGCCAAGCAGGAGAGACAACUGAAGAACAAGAAGCAGACGGAGACGGAGAUGCUCUACGGCAGCGCGCCCAGGACACCCAGCAAGCGCCGCGGACUGCUGCCCAGCACACCCGGCAAAGUGCGUAAGCUGAACACGACCACCCUGUCCAACGCCACGGCCAACAGCAGCAUUCGGCCUGCCUUCGGCGGCACCAUCUACCGUUCCCCGGUGUCGCGACUUCCACCCUCUGGCAGCAAGCCGGGCGCUUCCACCUGCUCUGUGACAAAGACCCCCCGUGCCGGUAGGCACGGCGCCAACAAGGAGAACCUCGAGCUCAAUGGCAGCAUCCUGAGCGGUGGGUACCCCAACUCGGCCCCCCUCCAGCGCAACUUCAGCAUUAAUUCUGUUGCCAGCACCUAUUCUGAGUUUGCGAAGGAUCCAUCCCUCUCUGACAGCUCCACUGUUGGGCUUCAGCGGGAACUUUCAAAGGCUUCCAAGUCUGACGCUACGUCACGAAUCCUCAAUUCCACCAACAUCCAGUCCUGAGGAGCCGUGCCGAGCCCGCUGCGGCUCCCUGGGCCUAGGCUGGGCCUGGCCGCGCGGGGCUGCCCUCCUUCACGUGGCUGUGCUGGAAGCCCCGGACCAGCGUCACUACCAUGGGCCUAGCGUGGAGCAAAUGCCACCGCAGGCUUCACGAGGCCUCGGAGACUUGCUUUUAUUUUGACUCAGAAAUAUGUUUAGUUCACAGCAGUCAGUGCAAAUCGUAGCAUAUGGACCUGAGCGCCUCUCCCCACCCACUCGCUCAAGCACACCCCGGGGCUUGCUGUAGCUCACGCGGCGCACGAAAUAGCAACGGUGCCCGCAAGUCGUCUGGGCCUGUGCACGCGUUAGUUGGCAAUUAGCCUCUUUCCUGGUGAUGGGUGCUCAGGUAAUGCUGUUAGCUUUGCUCCCACCUGCGGCUGUCCCCACGCAGAAAGCCUCGCUCCCGAGGAGGGGCUGUCAGAGUGGCGCAGCCUGACCUGCUGCCACUGGGUGACGGGGUGGCCUGGCGGGCCGGGUGGACGCGUUACCUGCCUCUGGGCCUAGCCUCGUCCCUGUGCCGAGUCCACGUCCCCCCUGCGGCUGCCAGCCAAGUGGGGGGCUGUGUGGCUGGGCGUUUCUGGCCUGGAGAGCUGGAACUUUGCACAUGGCAUAGGGGGUUGUUCCUGCUACACUGCCCCCCAGCCCCGUGGAUCACUACUACUGCUGCACGCCCCGAAGCACUAUUUAUUCUCCCUCUGCCUGCACCGCACCUGAAAUGGUUAGCAGCUCACAGAGCGGACCUAGCCAGGGUCAGCGCACCGGGAAGUCAUACACCUACAUGGCUGUUUCUGAAAUUAUACUAAAAAUAAAAUAUGUGUAUACUUACGAUUUAAAGACACAAUGUGAUGGUUCUCUUUCUC